AUGUCCACAAACAACGACGAGGAGCCCAAAACCUCGAUAACACCACUGCUCAAGCGCCUCUGGCAUGAGUCGGCCGCUACCAAGCCAGAUGCUACUGAAAUCGCAGCUGCCCUCUCUCUCAUCUUCACCAAUAGUUUGUCAGAAGUUCAGACUGGCGCUCUCCUGACAUGUCUUCAUUUCACCGAACGAGAUAGGCAGGCAGAUGUCUUGACUAAAUGCGCGCAAUCAAUGCGUGAUUUCGCGACUACCAUGGAUAUAGAUGGCCUAUCCAAACUGAUCGCAGAAAGAGGCAGAAAAGAAGGCGACUACCAUGGUGGGCUGUGCGACAUCGUGGGCACUGGCGGCGACUCCCACAACACGUUCAACAUCUCAACAACCUCAUCCAUCCUGGCAAGCUCCUUGCUCAUGAUGGGAAAACACGGAAACAAAGCCAGCACAUCUCGCUCCGGCUCUGCAGAUCUACUUUCAUGCGCACAGCCAAAGGCUCCCCAAAUCGCCGCCGUCACUCCCUCUACCAUCCACGAGGUCUACUCCCAGUCAAACUAUGCCUUUCUCUUCGCACCCAUCUUUCACCCUGGAGCUCGCCACGCGGCCUCCAUCCGGAGACAGCUCGGCUGGAGAACCAUCUUCAAUCUACUAGGACCCCUUGCCAACCCGCUGCACCCCCUCAUCGAAGCGCGCAUGCUCGGUGUAGCGCGGAAAGAAAUCGGACCUGACUUCGCAGAAUCUCUCCGUCAAUCAGGAUGCGUGAAGGGCAUCGUCAUCUGUGGAGACGAAGAGCUGGAUGAGAUCUCCUGCGCUGGACCCUCGCAUUGCUGGCAACUCAAGCAAAAUUCAGACACCAAGGAGGUGGCCAUAGACUACUUCACCGUUUCUCCAAGCGACUUCGGCCUCCCGUCGCAUGCGCUGAGCGAAGUCUCACCGGGCCAGUCUCCCGAGGCAAACGCCGAGAUCUUGAUGCGCAUAUUGAGGGGCGAAGUUCCGGAGGACGACCCGAUUCUCCACUUUGUGUAUAUUAAUACGGCGGCUUUGUUCGUGGUCAGCGGUAUUUGCGACGCAGAUACGAGCGACAUGGGCCACGGCGAUAAUGGAAAGGUAAUCACGGAGCGUGGACCUGGUGGCGGGCGCUGGAAGGAAGGCGUGCGGAGAGCGAAGUGGGCCAUCUCGAGCGGCGAAGCGUACAGACAGUGGCAAAACUUCGUCGAAGUCACCAAUAAGGUAGCGUAG